AUGUCGUAUCACGUUGCUGAGCCUAAUGCGUACCUCGCCAUUACUGGCGCUGGUAUCGACAAGCUCAUAAUCUGCAAGAAGCGUAUGGUAUGGCCUUUCCAGAAGGUCACGAAGAUCUCUAUCACUCCCUUCGACUUCAGUAUGUCGUUGCAGGCUAUGACCAGCGAGAAGCUUCAGUUUCAGCUUCCAGCAGUCUUCACCAUUGGCCCAGCAGACGACUCGGCUUCAUUGCAGAAGUAUGCCGAGCUGCUCACAGGAGAUUCUGACGGCCAGCCACAAUCAGCCAAGAAUGGUCGCACGGUUGGAACCGGUCGCAAUCAUGUCCAGGACAUUGUCAAGGGCAUCAUCGAAGGCGAGACACGUUCGAUUGUCUCGAAUAUGACCAUGGAGGAGCUCUUCAAUAAUCGUCGCAAGUUUAAGAGGGAUGUCCUGGAGGGUGUCCAGACCGAACUCGACCAGUUUGGCCUUCGCAUCUACAAUGCCAACGUGAAGGAGCUUCAGGAUAUGGGAGAGUCACACUACUUCGAGUCUCUGGCCCGCAAAGCUCAUGAAGGCGCUCAGAGCCAGGCUCAGGUCGAUGUGGCGCAUGCUCGCAUGAUCGGUCGUGUGGGCGAAGCUGAGAAGGAGGGUGAGUCUAAGCAACGCAUCGCCGUUAUUCAGGCCAAGACUGCCGUUGCCGAGACUCAGCGCAAGAUCGAAAAGGCUGAUGCCGACCAAAACCUGCGAAGUCGAGAGCUUGAAAUUGCUCAGGAGCUCAAUCUCAAGCAGAUUGCUGCUCAGCGUGCUGCAGAACAACAAGAUGCUGCGCUCCAGAAGGGUGUCGAGCAGAAGAGGGCUGAGAUGGAGCUGGAACGCCAGAGGGCUACUACUGUCACUCAGGCUCAGAUUGCUCGUGAGUCUGCUCAGCAGAAGGCUGAAGCAGAUGCCUUUACGCAGAUCAAGAAGGCCGAUGCGCAGAAGUACCAUCAGCAAGCUGAGGCUCAGGCCAUCUCAUACCGUACCCAACAGGAUGCUGAUGCUGCUUACUACAAACGCGCCAAAGCUGCUGAAGCCGAUCUGGCUGCCAAGGAGAAGGAAGCGCAAGCUUUCUACCUCUUCGCUGAGAAGCAGGCGAAGGCCAACUACAUCACUCGUGAGCGCCAGGCCGAAGCGGAGGCCGUUGCAGUCAAGAAACAAGCUGAAGCUCACUUCGUCCAACAACAGCAAGAGGCUGCCGGUGUGAUCGAGAUGGCCAAAGCCUACGGCGAACUCUCCAAGGUUCUCGGGGGUCCUCAAGGUCUUCUUCAAUACCUCAUGCUGCAGAAGGGCACUUUCACGGAACUGGCAAAUGCCAAUGCGAAGGCGAUCAAUGGCCUACAGCCCAAGAUCAAUGUCUGGAACACUGGCAGUCAAGACGCAGCGGCCUACAGUAUGGCACCUAUCCGCAACCUCAUUCAGACUCUGCCACCCAUGCUCAGCACUAUACAGGAGCAGACAGGUAUGACUGCGCCUUCAUGGCUGAUGGGGCAGCCGCAGCAGAAGUCUCAUGAGAACGGUGAGAUGAGCGUGGAGGAGAAGGCGGCUGCUAAGCAGAGCUUGCAGAGGACUCUGAUGAACGGUCACAAGUAG